UAUAAAUAUCCCCUUUUGGAGCCUUCAUUCCUCACUUCAAUCCCAACCAUUCCCCUUUCUGUGCUUCUGCUUUGCUUGCCAUUCACUUCUAAGCUCUCAUUAAUGGAGACUGUCAACAAGUUGGUUUCAGACAGGCCAGUGGUUGUGUUCAGCAAGAACACUUGCUGUAUGAGCCAUUCUAUCAAGACACUCUUGUGUGAUUUCGGAGUUAACCCGACCGUCUACGAGCUCGAUGAGCUUCCCAGAGGCAAAGAAAUUGAGCAAGCCCUCCUCUGCAUUGGCUGCAACCCCGCCGUGCCAGCCGUGUUCAUUGGUGGUGAACUCGUUGGCGGCGCUAAUGAAGUCAUGAGCCUUCACCUUAAGAGGAACUUGAUCCCAAUGCUUAGGAGGGCUGGUGCUUUAUGGGUUUAAACUUUGCUUUCCCCCACCCCGCCCCCUCUAACUAUAACUUCUGACAUACCUAAGCUCAGAGAGUUUACUUGAAAAGUCCUUAUGUAAGUCCUUUUUUGGUGACUUCAAUGUAAUCUGAUGUAAUGUAAUGUUUUGGUUUAUCUAGUAAUAAAGUUCAUGAAGUAUAAAAACUAA